GUGUUGCUAUCGCGGGGCGGACCCUACGUGGAAUGACUUUGGGUGGGGGUUAGUGUAGGAGGAGGAGGAGAGGAAAGGGAGGGGUGUGCCAUGCGCGGCAGACCGGGAGGCUGUCACAUCGAGAGGAAAGAAAAGGUUAAUUUACGUGGACGGUAUGGUCGACAACUCCAGUAACAGCAAGGCGCAAAUGGCGAGCUUAUCACAGGAGGGCGGUUUCCCUGGCCUGGGUGGUUCUGCUGGAGUGAAGUUGGAGGCUGUGAUGGAACAGCUCCAGAAGCAGCAGCAGGCCAAGCUGGAGAUGGAGCGCAAGGAGAUGCACCUGAGGGAGGCCCAGAUCCUCUAUGCCCAGCAGGUGGCCGCCCAGCAGGCCAUCCUCGCCCAGGGGGGCCCGCUGGCCCCAGAGUUUUACGGCAAGAGCAGCAGGGACCAUGCCGCCCUGAAGGUGGGCGCUGGGCCGCAGGCCAGCCGGGUGUCUAUGCAGAGCAGCGUAGACUCCAUGCGUGAGGAGGAAGACGAGGAAGAGGAUGAUGACGAUGACGACGACGUGGAGAGGCGACGGGGCUCCGAGGGGGAGGAGGAUGAGGAUGACGAGAUGAUGGAAGGGGAUGACGGCAGCGAGGAAGACGAGGGCGAGGGACUGGAGUUCUUGAGAAAGCAGAGUCAGGCUCUGCAGCAGGCAGCGGCCGGUGUGCCCCCCUACCCGUUCCCCGUUUACUCUGCCUCCCCUUCCGUGGCCAAGAAGAGGGCCCGCUCCCCCCCCACCAAAAUCAAGGACGAACCCGAGGACAAGAGCCUGUCCCCCCCCGCCGGCCAGCAGGCCUUCUCCACCCCUACCGGCAUGGCCGACUGGAGCUUUGACGAGUCCUUUAAACAGAAUGGAAACGUGAGCUGGACGGAAGAGGGCGAGGGAGGGAGAGCCAAAGGAGAAGCAUCCAGAGACUUCGCCAAGCUUUAUGAACUGGACAGUGACCCCAACAGGAAGGAGUUCCUGGAUGACCUUUUCACCUUCAUGCAGAAGAGAGGGACUCCAGUGAACCGCAUCCCCAUCAUGGCCAAGCAGGUGCUGGACCUGUACAAGCUCUUCAAGCUGGUCACUGAGAAAGGAGGGCUGGUGGAGGUCAUCAACAAGAAGAUCUGGAGGGAGAUCACCAAAGGCCUCAACCUGCCCACCUCCAUCACCAGUGCUGCCUUCACGCUCCGCACACAGUAUAUGAAGUACCUUUACCCGUACGAGUGUGAGAAGAAGUCUCUGAGUUCUCCCGGGGAGCUGCAGGCGGCCAUUGACAGUAACCGGCGUGAGGGCCGUCGCCCCAGCUACAGCAACAGCCUGUACCGCUUCUCCCCGUCGCCUAGCAACCCCCACAUCCUCACCCCACCCAAGGUGCACCUGCCCUCCUCCGCCCACAACGGCCUGCAGGAGCACCCCAGCCCCGCCCUCAAGAAGGGCACAGUGCCGGAGGAUGGUCCUGCCUCCAUGUUGCCGGGGCGUCUGGCGUUGGCACUGGGUCACCAGCAGCAGUUGGCACGGGCGGCCACCCUAGACCAGCUGCGCGAGCGCCUGGAGAUGGGCAUGGCGGGCAUGGGGGUGGGCACGGCGGAGGGGCAGGAGCGGAGCAUGGCACGGAUGGCAGAGGAGCAGCAGAGGCUCCUGCAACAGGCCUUCCAGCACAACCUGCUGGCCAUGGCGUCCCAGGUCAACCCCGCCGCAAUGCGCCUGGGAGUGGCACAUGAGGACAAGCAGGACAUGUCUCUCAGCAUCUCCUCCAACGGAUCCACCAGCAUCACCGUGUCUGUGGAGGUCAAUGGAACUGUCUACACAGGCACGCUGUAUGCCCAGAAGGCCUCUGCCUCGGUGCCCACCUCCUCUACAGUGACCCCUAGUGGCCACAGCGGGAACUUCGGGACCCACUCCUCCACCCACAGCCCCAGCGUGUCCUCCUCCUCUUCCAAGGGCCCCCGCUCAGCGGACCCCCCAGGCAGCGCCUCCCCCUAACCCUCAACGCUGCUCUCGUGGCCCCCAUCCCCCCCCAAAAAAAUCACCAUUUAGCUCUGGAAGGGUGAGAAGACCCCCACCCUCAGGUCCCUCCAAACAGCCUUCCAACAGCACCCCAAUCCCCCGACCCCCCCACACCCCGACACCAGGCGGGCGCCCCAGUCCGGCGGCCCAGUGACCGCCGCCCCUCCCCCCCCCCAGCUCAGAGAACCUCAGGAACGCGUCUCAAAGUGAAUGUACCGAACGCUUUUAAACGGGAAACAAACUGAUGCAACGAAUACCUCAAGUCUUUUUAACCCUCAUACUGUUUGAGACGAAGAAUGUGUUACCUCAUUAAUGUAUGGAUGUCACUACACACACGCCAUCACACACACACACACACACACACACACACACACACACACAAACACACACACACACACACACACACACACGCUAUCACACAUCAACAUAUGCCUACGUGGAUACACACACACACACACACACACACACACACACAGUAACAGAAGGAGUAUCAUGCAGACACACACACACACACUAACACUUUUGUGCACUCAAGCAAUGCAAUCAUGGCAUGAUUAGAAUGCUCUGCCAAACUACAGUGUAUGUUGAAACUGCAGUGUGUGUCAUCUUUGGCGCACACACACACACACACCUUACCUCGAGGAGUCCGUACACACACACACACACACAC